UGUUGCUUUGGCUUUAUCUGCGAUUCGACUUCUCCAAGAUGCAAAAAUUUUUCGGGUGAAAGUGAUGCAUUUUCAAGAAGAAAAGGAUGAAAGGGAGUGUUUGGACUCUUCUGUUGAAGAUGUUGGACUGCCUCACAGUAUAACAGCACAAGAUCAUAUGAGCAUACAUCUGUGGCUAAGGUGUCGUACAAUGUUAGUGACUGCGCUAGUAACACAGAUACAUGGUGUUGGUGAUAUGGAAGAAAACGAUGUGGCUGAACGCAGAAGUGUGAUAAAAGAAGUAAUACUAGAGGCAGAAGCCUUUGGUGAUAUUGAGACUCAGGCUGAAAUGAUGGUGCAAGCUGCUAUUCUUGACCUGCAAGAAAAACAUCCCGUGGCAGGCAUUAAACUUCUUUUGCAGAACAUCAUCAGUUUACUCCAAGAGGAUACUUUUAUUUCCCCUCCAGCUUCUUUGACUCUUGUGAAAAGUAUGCUUCUGCUGGCAGACACACUAACACUGCAAACAGUAGAGGAUGCACAACAUAGCUCUGCUACAGUGGAACCAUUAAACUUACUAAUUUUGGCACAUGAGCUUACCAUUAAAGCAAUUUUUGUUUGUGGGGAACCCAUUGAAUGGCAACUGGAAGACAGUACAUUGACUUGCCUGGUCCUACCUACAAAAAAUAUCUAUUUACCACAUAUCAACUUGCUAGCCCAAGUCAAAAUGAGAAUCGGACACACAUUAGCUGAAAAAGUAGCUUGUACACCUGAAAGAGGAGAUCCAAUGCAAUGGCUACAUGCUCUCCAACAUUUAGAAUCAGCACUGAAGCUUUGCAGAGCAUCUGCAACAAAAAAAUUAGAUAUGGAAGCAGAACUUCUUUUUCAGAUAGGUAAGGUAGAACGCCAGAUAACUGAAGCAGGCAAUAACAAGUCAUCUAAAGCUGUUGAAACCCUGUUGGAAGCUAUAAAACUCAGCCAGCAACUUGACCAAAAAUUUGAGUUAAUAAGAAAAUCAUACCUUGAAAUAGCACUAUUAUAUUUGCAUUUUGCCACAAAUAAUGAGGAUGUGUCACAGACAGAUAAGAUGGUGCCUUCCAAGUCAAAUACCUCUUCUGGAGAACUCUCUUCUUCUCCUGAGGAGGCUCUGAAAUCAGAAGGCUACAAAGUACAAGCCUGGAUUGCAGUAAGAGCAGCUACACAGGUCAGUGAAGCUGUGCUUGCUUCUCAGCUAUUAAUUGGAAUGAAGAGUGUUAAAGAACGCAGCAUGAAGGAUGCAGUGCAACAGAAGAUCCCAGAAUUUGCUUCCAUGGAUCUUUUUGCUUCAUACAGAGAUUUCUUAUCUGGUAUUCUUUUAUACCUAAUGUCUCUUGAAAUUACUGGAAUUACAUCAAAGGUGUCACGUAUGAGAAUAGCUUCUCCGGUUUCUGUCAUCGCAGAAACAGACAGUCAGACAGAGACUAGGACAGCAAAUGCUUCAGAUAAGGAAAUGAACAUUCAGUGGUACAUUCCUUCUCUGGCAAAGCCAUCAAACUCUAUAGAGACUGAGGUUUUGCUGCUUUAUGCUUAUAAUACAAAGCCUGUCAAGAUUAGCAAUAUCAAGAUUUUCAGUUCAAUGUCUACAUUUUCAGGCCACUUGUGGAUUCCGUUGGCUAG